GACUGUAUGACUGCCGAACAACAACUCCCAGCCUUGUGACUCACCAACCACAUAUACUCCUGAAACUGCAAUCCCCUUCACGGAGCUGGAACGACAUCUCAACAACUGCGACCAAACACUGCCUACUAUGGGUUCAUCGGGACCCGUGCUCCCGGAGGAGGGCAAGCGCAACGUCCUCAUCACCAGCGCCCUGCCCUACGUGAACAACGUCCCCCACUUGGGCAACAUCAUCGGCAGUGUCUUGUCCGCUGACGUCUUCGCGCGCUUCUGCAAGGCCCGCGGCCACAACACCCUCUACGUUUGCGGCUCCGACGAAUACGGCACGGCCACCGAGACCAAGGCCCUUGAGGAGGGACUCGAGCCCGCCGCGCUUUGUGCCAAGUACCACGUCCUUCACAAGGAGAUCUACGACUGGUUCCGAAUCGACUUUGACAUAUUCGGCCGAACCCCGUCAGGACAUCAGACCAAGAUUGUCCAGCAGAUCUUCACCGACCUGUGGAAGAACGACUACAUCGAGGAGCGCGAGACCGUUCAGCCCUUCUGCCCUACACCCGGCCACUCCAAGUUCCUUGCCGACCGUUUCGUCGAGGGACAAUGCAGUAUCUGCGGCGACAAUGGCGCUCGCGGAGACCAAUGCGACGCCUGCGGUAGCCUCCUCGAUGCCUUUGAGCCCGAGCAGGAGCCCAAUACUGGCGACGAAGACCAUGUCGAGGCUAAAGCCACCGGCUGGCUCAUCAACCCUCGCUGCAAACUCGACGGCGCCGCCCCCGAGAAACGAUCAACGAAACAUCUAUACUUGAAGCUGGACGCUCUCAAGGAUGAGCUGGUUGCCUGGUUCAAGAAGAGCAGCAAGGAGGGAGAGUGGAGCCCCAACUGUACUGCCGUAACACAAUCUUGGAUCAACAAGGGCCUGCUCCCCCGUGGCAUCACCCGAGAUCUCAAGUGGGGUGUCCCCAUCCCGACGGGCCUCGAAGGUCUGAGCGACGAGGAGUACGCCAACAAGGUCUUCUAUGUCUGGUUUGAUGCCUGCAUUGGAUACGUGUCUAUCACAGCGAACUACACCGAUGGAGAUAAUUUGGCCGGCACCAACUGGGAGAAGUGGUGGAAGAACCCCGAAAAUGUGAGGCUCUACCAGUUCAUGGGCAAAGACAACAUUCCAUUCCACACCAUCAUCUUCCCUGCUUCCCAACUCGGAACCAAAGGCAACUGGACCCAGGUUCACAAGCUGUCCACCACUGAGUAUCUCAACUACGAGGGCGGCAAGUUCAGCAAGUCCAAGGGUGUCGGUGUCUUCGGAAACACUGCCAAGGAGACUGGCGUCGACCCCGAUGUCUGGCGAUAUUACCUCCUCUCCCGCCGCCCCGAGUCUUCUGAUUCUGAGUUCAAGUGGCAGGAAUUCAUUGACUGCAACAACAACGACCUUCUCAAGAACCUUGGUAACUUGAACCAGCGAAUUCUCAAGUUCUGCCAAUCCAAGAUGGACGGCAUUGUCCCAGACUACACCAAGUACACCGAUGAGCGCAUUGAAGAGCACAAGAAGGAGGUCAACGAGGCACUCGAGACCUACAACUCCAACCUCGAGGCCAUUAAGCUGCGCAACGGUCUCGCUACCGUCAUGCACAUCUCUUCUCUCGGCAACAAGCUCCUCCAGGACAGCAAGCUCAACAACCAGCUUCUGGCUGACGAGCCUGAGCGCUGCGCCGCGGUCAUCGGCCUCGGCAUUAACCACCUCCAACUCCUCGCCAGCAUCCUCUUCCCUUACAUGCCCUCCACUGCAGAGGCCAUCCUCACCCAGAUUGGCUGCCCCGGUCUCAUUUCCAUCCCCGAGACUUGGAGCGGCGAUAUCGUCAAGCCCGGCCAGGCCAUUGGCGAGCCCAAGCUGCUCUUCUCCCAGAUCCCUGCCUCGCAGAUCGACCAGUGGCGCGAGGCCUUUGGCGGAGAGGAGAUUCGCAAGCAAAAGGCCCUCGAGGCCGAGAAGGCUGCCGCCAAGAAGGCUGCCAAGGAGAGGAAGAAGCAGCAGAAGCUGGCUCUCCGCGCAAAGGAGGCUGAGGCCACCACUACCGAGGUCCCUGCUGUUGAGGUACCUGCUGUCGAGAAGCCCGCCGAGGCUCCUGCUGCCGAGAAGCAGUGAGCAAAGAAGCUCACUGGCUCUUAGCCCCCCUGAAUGAAUCUCUGGCGAUAUAAAACGUUCGUCCCCGUACCUUUGGUGCCUUUCGGAUAACCUGAGCUGGCGAAUUUCAGAAAGGCGGAAUAGAAUUCAACAUAGAUCCCCGAGAGUCUUUGGAGGUGUUGAUGUGUAAAGUGGAUUGAAUCUCAGAUCAACUGAUGAGAACAAUAUGGGCUAGAAGGCUUUCUAGAUUUAUGUACAAUGUGGAGUUGUGAUGACGCUCGUUUGGUUCCUUGUAGCAAUGUGCAUGAUUUUUUUGCCUGACCCUGACUUGGCUUAGUUUAAGCCGAGAGCAAAAUGGAUUUAACAGCAGUACACUCGACAACGCGUGAUGUUGGAGGCAAGAAGCCCCAGUUGUCGAACAAGGAAUAUCUC